AUGGGACGAUCCCUGCCACUGGCUGCGGACGAAUCAGCACGCGCAAUCGACCAUGGCUGGGACAAGGGAGCUGCAGCGCCAGAUCCGCCAGGAAAUGAUGGGAAAGAGUUUCCCAUCUACUCAAGACAAAGAGCCCGCAAAGGUGGAAGGCUGAAGGCUUUCUUGACAAGUUUUUUCGACAAGAAGCAGAGUGAAGUGAUGCUGCAAAGCACAACGCCCUCUGAGGUAAUUGCCUGUUGCUCGAGCCUUUCUACAGGACGGGCUUUUCUGGGAGAUCCAAAAACUUCAGGCACAAUGUUGAGGAAAGUUACAGAUAGAUUUUAUGAUCCAGUAUUUUCUGGUAUAUCCUUACCAAUGUUUUGGGUUCUCGUUUUUCACAGCAAAGAUCCCGUGGCAUCGCUACCGUCCAUCAGACAUCAUCCCAGCCGUCGAUAUAAACCCGUUUUGAAGAAGCUAGGUCUAGAAAGGUUGGGAGCGAUGGCGCGUGACACCCGUGAGUUGAGCGAGGAUGACUGUAGUGAGCUUCUCAAGUUUUACAUGAGGGGCAAGCGGCUGGGAUGUGGAGGACAAAGGCAAGUUUUCAUGAUCCAUAAUGGCCACAACACAUAUGCUGGAAAGUUGUUUCGAUCGGGGAGUGAUGCCGAGAGAGAAGCUCGGCUCAUGUCCAAGCUUCACGCCUGCCCUAGGGUCGUUUCCUUGAAGGGCUUUGUCAGGGAGAGAGAUGGUGCCAAGUGUUAUGGCACUAUCGUCAUGGAGCUGUGCGGCCCAAACCUAUGCGAGGGAUUGAUCAACUGCUGGCUGAUGAGGGAGGAGGAUGCAGUGAAGACCAUCAAGAAGCUGGCUGAAACGCUCAAGGCAAUCCACUCCAGGGGAAUUAUCCACCGGGAUCUCAAGCCAGAGAACAUUCUUGUCAAGCUCAAUGCCACUGGUGUGCACGAUGUUCUGAUUGGAGACUUCGAGAUAGCCACAGACCUGCACAGGGAGAUGUCAAAGUAUUGUGGCACGGAGAAGUACAUGGCACCAGAGGUGAUGGCGACUAAGGGUCGCAAGGGAGAAUCACAGAGCUUCUACACGGCAGCCAUUGAUGUGUGGGGUUUGGGAGUCAUUGCAUACGAGCUGUUGAGGGGUUACAAGUCAAGAAUGGAGAUCGAUUUCUUGAGAGCGAGAGCAUUUCCAACUGGUUUUGGCUCGGACCAAGCGGAGGAUCUCCUCCGGGGGAUGUUAGCUGUCGAACCGAGCAAGAGGAUAACGCUGGACUGUGUGCUUGCACAUCCCUGGAUCGUGAAGCAUUGCAGCAGCAGUAGCAAGACCGAGAUGGCGACACGGAGCAGGCGCUGUGGAGUGAAGAGGAGUCUUCCCAGCGGCAGCGACUUGAUCGUGAAAAAAGCUCGUGCAGCUUAA